AUGAACUUUGGAAACUUUCCAGUUGAAAUCGUAUAUUCAAUAUUGACAGAAGCAGUACUUGAAGGUGAUAAGCUUAUAGUCCAAGCCGAUAGAUUACUACAGAACGGCGAGGCAAGAGAUAAUAUGAGUGAACCGAUCCCUAUUGAUCACUUCACAACGUUAUCUGAAUUAUAUCAAUCUAAAAAACAUCAUACCAAAUCUAUCAAUGUAGCAUUGGAAUUCGCACGAUAUGAAUUAGAUGAACCGACACCUCUUGAAGUACUUCAAAUUGCCAGCGGAAUCUUCCAGGCUUCUCGACUUAGUCCAAUCAAUGAAGUGGUCCUUUGGAUAACAAUUCCUGAUUUAGCUGAAAACACAGUCGAAUUUUGGUAUCACAUUCAUCCGAUCUUGGAGACUACCACUGAGUUUGGGAAUUUGACUAAAUUGGAAUUUUCGUUUUCUCAUACUUUUUGGGAACAAGAAACAACAUUAGCAGCAGUGAUAUGUCUUUUGAAAAGUCUUGAAGUAAUCAAAUUAUGUGCACAUAAAAAAAUAACAGAAGCAAGAAGACCAGAAUCACAAGCAGCCUUAGGAAACAGUCUAUCAUCUUUAACUAGGCUCGAGUCAAUGUCACUUGAAGGACUCAAAUCACCCAAUCCGAAAUGGACUAAACUAAAUUGGAAAUCAAACAUCAAAAAAUUAUCAAUUACAAAUUGUAAAAGCUUUAAAGACUUUUCAUCAUUGAGAAGCUUUUUUAACUUGUUUCAUAAAAGUUUGAUAGCUUUAAGAUUUAAUGCUGACGAGAAUGAUUGUAGAGCACUUGAAGAUUGUGGGAUUUUGAAGAGUUUUGAAUCACUUCAACAGCUUACGAUUUAUCAAAAUCAUCAUCGAAAUAUAUCAAUCCUACAACAAUUUUCAAUUUGUCCCGCCAUCAAAUUUAUACAUUGGAUAGUCUCUGAUCCACAUCCAUCAAAGGAACAGAUCAGAAGUUUGAUUUUUGAUUUACUGAUACUAAAAAAUUAUCAAAAUCGUUGGAGAAGUCUUCGGUCAUUAGUCUUACCUUCAAAUUUUGCAAACUCUCUUGAUUCUUCAACUUAUGCAAUACUUGAUGUACUUCAUAUACUUUGUGAUAAUUAUUCUGUUAGAUUGAGUUAUCUAGAUGAUAAUGAAUAUGAUGUGAAAAAGCAUUUAAAGUUUUACAUAUAA